CCUAAAUAUAAGAACAAAAAACUUCAAUCACAACCCUCAUCAUUUGACUCAAACACAUCCCAAUUGAAAAGCUCACACAAUUACCAUUUUGAUUUCCCAAACUUAACCGACAAUGCUUAGAGACUUCGAACCUUCUAAACUCCAGGAAUAACUUCAAUCUGCUAAGACAGAGAGGUUCAUCAUUCCUUUAUUAUCAACCAACACCAAAAGCUUAUCAGAAAGCUACCCCAGGUAGUUUUUCAACCAAAAAAAAUCCAUUGUCCAAAGCCACAUUCAUUUUCCCACAAAACGCCAAAUCAUCUUUGAAUUAAUUGGCAGGGCAAAAGAUUAGGGAUCAGGUGGACAAGUUACUUUUUAGAAGUUCAAUUGAAGCUUCAAUUCGACAUCAUGGCGCUUGCAAACCGCUUCGCAUAUCGAUCUUCAUCUCUCCUCCGCCAAUGCAAGGCUCCAGCUUUGCCUGCGAGAGCAUUCACUACUAGAGCUUCAAUUAAUGGUCUUGUACAUCGUCAACCAGCUCAAGUUUGGAAACAUAGCAAAUAUGCUCGAAUGUUCUCCAGCUCGACACUCCUCAGGGACCAGUCACAAACAGCGCCUAGUGCGGAAGCAUACUUGAAUAGUGGGGUUGUAAAAGGAGCUGCCAAUCCAGUGAACGUGAAGAAGGUUUUGGUCAUUGGAAGUGGUGGCUUGAGUAUUGGUCAAGCCGGAGAAUUCGAUUAUUCAGGUUGGUGCCCCAGACAUCAGCCUUUCGUGGAAUGAGUCAUUGUGUUGGUGCAGGUUUUCUCCACAAGUUUGAUCUUCAUGUCAACUCACAUGGAGGAGGAAUAGUAUAGCAUGCUAACUGUUUGUCCAUCUAGGUUCUCAAGCUUUGAAAGCCUUAAAAGAAGCUGGCGUAGCUUCUGUGCUCAUUAACCCCAACAUUGCAACAAUCCAAACUGCUCACGUUCUCACAGACGAGGUCUAUUAUCUUCCAGUCACACCCGAAUAUGUUACAUACGUUAUCGAGCGUGAGAGGCCUGAUGGUAUCUUCCUCACUUUCGGUGGUCAAACAGCUCUCAAUCUCGGUGUACAAAUGGAGCGCAUGGGUAUCUUUGAGAGAUAUGGCGUUAAGGUUUUAGGUACCAGCAUCAAAACCCUUGAGACCAGUGAGGACAGAGAUCUCUUCGCCAAGGCUCUUGGUGAGAUCAAUAUUCCAAUUGCUCAAUCUGUCGCUGUAUCAACCGUGGACGAGGCUUUGGAAGCUGCAAAGGGUAUUGGUUACCCAAUCAUUGUCCGUGCCGCAUACGCUCUUGGUGGUCUUGGUUCUGGUUUUGCAAACAAUGAAGAAGAGCUUCGCAACAUGGCCUCUAGAUCUUUGACUCUUUCACCUCAGAUUCUGGUUGAGAAAUCAUUGAAGGGAUGGAAAGAAGUUGAAUAUGAGGUUGUCAGAGAUGCUAGCAACAACUGUAUCACUGUCUGCAACAUGGAAAACUUCGACCCUCUCGGUAUCCACACUGGUGAUUCUAUCGUCGUUGCCCCUAGUCAGACUUUGAGCGACGAGGAAUAUCACAUGCUUCGAUCAGCUGCUAUCAAGAUUGUCAGACAUUUGGGUGUUGUUGGAGAAUGUAACGUUCAGUACGCUUUACAACCCGACGGAUUGGACUACAGAGUUAUUGAAGUUAAUGCCCGUCUUUCUCGAUCAUCUGCUCUUGCCUCAAAGGCUACUGGUUACCCCCUUGCGUAUACUGCUGCCAAGAUUGGACUUGGCCACACUCUUCCCGAGUUACCAAAUGCUGUUACGAAGACUACAACUGCUAAUUUCGAGCCUUCUCUUGAUUAUAUUGUUUCUAAGAUUCCUAGAUGGGAUUUAUCCAAGUUCCAGCACGUGAAGCGUGACAUCGGCAGCGCCAUGAAGUCUGUUGGUGAAGUCAUGGCUAUUGGUAGAACUUUCGAAGAAUCUAUCCAAAAAGCUAUUCGUCAAGUUGACCCAAGAUUUGUCGGUUUCCAAGGAGACAAAUUCGAUGACCUUGACUACGAACUCCAAAAUCCUACCGAUCGUCGUUGGUUAGCUGUUGGCCAAGCCAUGCUUCACGAGAACUACUCAGUUGACCGUGUACAUGACCUUACCAAGAUCGAUAAAUGGUUCUUGUACAAGCUUCAGAACAUCGUGGACUGUACCCACGAGCUUGAGGAUAUCGGUAGUCUUGAUGGACUGAAGAAAGAAAUCAUUCAAAAAGCAAAGAAAUUGGGUUUCUCUGACAAACAAAUCGCCAAUGCCGUGAACUCCACUGAAGAUGAAGUCCGCGCUCGCAGAAAGAGCUUUGGUAUCACUCCUUUCGUCAAGAGAAUCGAUACUCUUGCUGCCGAAUUUCCAGGUUCGUGAUUUUUAUUUCCCAAAACAGCUUUCAUUCUCUUUCCUAAAUUAGCUAUUACUAACCCCAAAUUUUUAACAGCUUCUACAAAUUAUUUGGUGAGCUUUGCCCUUUUCUUUUCGCUGUCUUAAAGAAUUUUUUCGUUCAGCUUUGUUUGAACAUCCGACUAUGUUUUACUGUUGAAUGUUUUUUGGAUGUUCAAUUUUGGUUGAAUGUUCAUUUUUUUACACCCUGCUUGGAUUUUGAACUCCUUCAGGACGUUCAAGUCUACUGAAAGGUUCUGUCCGUUUAUCUCCUUUGAUGGCGGGGUAUGUUUGGAGAGUCGACUCUAUCCGAAUUCUCAACCACCUCACGAUGUUCAUCUUUAUUUGGAAGCCCAGAUUCACUUGAAUAUCCAAGUCUGUCUAGAUGACCAACUUUUCUCUCGGGCACAUGACAUGGUUUGGCUUCCAAACUUCAAAUGGAUAUCCAGCUAGGUUUGGAUAUCUAAAUUUGAUGUGGACAUUCGACUUGGUUUGUAUUCCCGACUUCAUCCUCGGGGUUUUACUCGAUUUGAAGUUUAUUCUACUUGGAUGUUUGAAUAGGCAUACUUGUCUUAAGAUAUUUCCAAGCCCUCGAUGUCCAGUUUGGGUCCUACAUUUCAAAUGAGCAAUUUUUCGAAGGACAUUUCCUUAUUCCUUUUUGUCCAAUUCCGUUUAGAUGUUUCAAUCAGAUAUUGAGAAUCUCAUUUCAUUUGAGAACUUCAUUGGAUCUGAAUAUCUCACCGGUUUGAGUAUCUCAUUUGAUCCGAAUCUCUUCCUCAUUUUGAAUACUCCAGUUGAUCUGAGUUUCUCAGUAUAUUUGAUUACUUCAGUUUGUUUUUGAUAAUCAACACCGUUCGAAUCUCCAGCUCUGUUUGGAUAAUUUAAGUCUCUUGUCUUUCUUGGGAAAAGGAUCUAACCUUCCAAUGUUCUAGUACACAACAUACAAUGCAACAACGCAUGACGUUACCUUCGAUGAUAAUGGAACUAUUAUUUUGGGAAGUGGUGUAUACAGAAUUGGUAGCUCAGUCGAAUUUGAUUGGUGUGCUGUUAGUGCAACUCUUGCUUUGAGAGAAAUGGGCAAGAAAACCGUCAUGAUUAACGUGAGUCUGCUGGACUCCUCCAUUUUGAACCAAUGCUGACCCCCUUAAUGUACAAUCCCGAGACUUAUAGCACAGGUACGAUCAUAUCUUCCAAUUCCGCCAUAGUCAUCUCAGCUAACAUAAAGAAUAGAUUUCGAUACUGCCGACAAACUCUACUUCGAAGAAUUGAGCUACGAACGUGUAAUGGAUAUCUAUGAACUUGAGAACGCUGCCGGAGUUGUUGUUUCUGUGGGCGGUCAACUCCCACAAAACAUUGCUCUCCGUUUGCAGGAGACAGGAGGAGCCAAGAUCCUGGGAACAGAUCCUAAGGAUAUUGACAAAGCAGAAGAUAGACAAAAGUUCUCUGCAAUCUUGGAUAGCAUUGGAGUUGAUCAACCAGCUUGGAAGGAACUCACCUCCGUUGCGGAUGCCGAGGCUUUUGCUGAGGAAGUUAGCUACCCUGUACUCGUUCGUCCCAGUUAUGUCUUGUCAGGCGCAGCCAUGACUGUCAUUCGAAGCAAAGAUGAGCUCAAAGAGAAACUCGAAGCUGCCAGCAAUGUUUCCCCCGAUCAUCCAGUUGUCAUUACUAAAUUCAUUGAAGGGGCCGAAGAAAUUGAUGUGGAUGGUGUUGGAUCUAACGGUAAACUCAUUCUCCACGCUGUUAGUGAGCACGUGGAGCAGGCUGGUGUUCACUCAGGUGACGCUACUCUCGUUCUACCACCUGCUUCUCUCGAUCAAACUACAAUGGACCGUGUCAAGGAGAUUGCCGAAAAGGUUGCCGAGGCCUGGAGCAUUACCGGUCCUUUCAACAUGCAAAUAAUCAAGGCCGAGGACCCUGAAGGAGGUCUUCCACAGCUGAAGGUCAUCGAAUGUAACUUACGUGCAUCUCGUUCCUUCCCAUUCGUCAGCAAGGUUCUUGGUGUCAACUUCAUUGAUGUUGCUACCAAGGCUCUUGUGGGUCAGAAUGUCCCUGAACCCCAGGACCUCAUGGCAAUCAAGCGUGAUUACCUCGCCACAAAGGUUCCUCAAUUCUCAUGGACUCGUCUUGCUGGAGCUGAUCCAUUUUUGGGUGUCGAAAUGUCCAGUACUGGUGAAAUUGCUUGCUUCGGUAAGAAUCUCGUUGAGGCUUACUGGGCUUCUCUUCAAUCAACCAUGAACUUCCGUAUGCCAGAACCAGGUGAAGGUCUCCUUUUCGGCGGUGAUAUUUCCAAGACUUCACUUACUAAGAUCGUCGACUACCUAUCCCCAUUGGGUUAUAAGCUUUACGCCGCCGAACCUGAAGUCAAGAAGUUCUUGGAGUCGACUGCCAAGGGCGGUGUCAGUGUGGAAGUUAUUGAAUUCCCCAAGGAGGACAAGAGAGCUUUAAGGGAAGUUUUCAAGAAGUAUGAUAUCCGGGGUGUGUUCAAUCUUGCACUCGCUAGAGCAAAGACCGUCCAAGAUACCGACUACGUUAUGCGCCGGAACGCUGUCGAUUUCGGUGUCCCACUCUUCAUGGAGCCAAAGGUAAAAGAAGUUUCCUCAUUCCUCAAAGAUCCUAUGCUAACACUUUUCAGACUGCUGAGCUCUUUGCCCAAUGUAUGAACGAGAAACUUCCUCGCAAAGAAGGUAUUCCAGGAGAAGUUCGCCGGUGGUCCGAUUUCAUUGGUGGCAAGCCAUUGUAAAUGAUAUUAUAAUGGACAAAAACAUUGUAUCUAGCGUGCAAAAAGAAUCCGAUAAUAAUUAUGAUUUGAAGCCAAGCUUAC